AGUAACGUAACAGCCAGCAGGUACGGCUACAACGGCAUCGAAGGAGGAUCCGGCGGAUACCGUGAUGAUCACCAUCAGUAGCUCAGGUCGACCGGGACGCCAGCUCGUAAUCCAACGUCCGUUCGUAUGAACCUGUUCACAAGAUCUUGGAGUAUAAGAUCUCGAGAAUCUCUCUCUGUCUUGCCUCUCAACCAUCUCAUCCAGCAUCACAAUCAACAAUCCAACACUUCAAUCUAAACCUAAUCUCUAAUCACCACCAACCAACCAACCAACCCCCACCAAACUCAUUCAAAAUGGUCAACUUCACCCGCGCCGCUGCUGCCCUGGCCCUCGCUGCCACCGCCACCGCUGCCCCCACCAACGCCACCACCAGCCUCACCUGGGAUGUCAAGGACUUUGACUUCCACGCCGACUACGUCUUCACCACCCCUGCCCACCAGAACAGCUACGGCCAUGUCAACUUCUCCUUGACCUCCGAGAAGACCGGCGCCGUCUACAGCUGCGGCGCCCAGUCCAGCCAGAUUCCCGACUUCUUCUACGACUUCAACGACUUCUACCCCUGCUCUGCUCCCAAGGGCGCUGUUGAGGGCACCGAGAGCUGGGCCAGCUUCAAGUACAACCGUGAGGAUGGCAAGGUUACCGUGCGCGAGACCCUUUAUGCCUCUGACAACAAGUCUAUCACCGCUACUGGCUCCACCAUCGUCAAGACCACCUGCACCGACGAGUCCACUGGCCCCAACCCCAACUGGACCAUUGGCGAGAACUACUCCGAGCGUCACAUUGUUUGCGACAAGACCGACUUCACUGUCACUGGCACCGUUUCUGCUUAAGCGGGUUUCCUUCCUGGGCGCUGUCAACCUAGCCUAGCCUAGCCUAGAGCUAGCAACAGUU